AUGACAGUAGAGACUGUGUUUGGACAACAGCAACCGGAACCCGAGCCGAAUGUCCCCGAUGCUAAAUGUCAGGCACAGGACUACGUGGAACCGCACAAGGACCGGGCAUCACGUGGCCUAGCUGAGGUGUAUGCUCGGUGUCGAGCCUUCGAUUGCAUCCGCUUCGAGCUCCCAGCACGAAGCCACCUGACAGGCUUUGUGCUGCUCCAUGCAUCAUCUACCAUUGAACGGUUGUUCGAUGACCAUGCGCCUAUGGUGUUCAAGAUUGGCUUCACACACAAUCCUGCUUUUCGGUGGGCAAAUUCCCGUUAUGGGUACGCUCACGACCCUUAUGAUCGAUGGGAUGCUAUGGUGAUUUUGUACCUGGCCUCCAACCCACACGGGCCAGCGAUGUUGGAGUCCGCCCUUAUCGACAAAUAUGGACGUAGGCCUGGUUGUCGAAACAUCAACCGUGGCGGCGAUGGCGUCAAGGUUCCGGCCAAGGCCGUGGUGCGGACGGCCCGCAAUGUUCUUUCGGACAUAGGCCCUCAGGCUGCUGCAUCGUCCAAAGGAUUGAAGCGUUUGGCAGAGUGCAGUCUUUCGAAUGCCGAGCGUGAUGCCCAAACACUGUUAUCGAAAAAGAUGAAACUCUCCCUGCCCAUUCCGUUGGAAACCUUGGGUCAGGGCAAGCUGAACUUUCCAGUGUUGGGUCUUCGCAGCUGGGCACAGUUCCUCCUGGACAGAAAUCUUUGGCACAUUUUGUGUGGACUUCUAUCUCCGGACACAGACAGAGAAAAGGCCAUUCUUCGUGGCUUCUGGGCUGAGUUCCAGCGCCACUCCCCGCAGCACCCAGUGUUUGAGCUAGGUUUGCCUUUGGAGGACACCGUUCCGAUGGUAUUUCAUGGUGAUGAAGGCCGGGGACGGAGAAGACAAGGAUGGCUAGCCACCAACUACCACUCCAUUAUUGGGCGUGGCAUCCAAGCAGCUCUGGAUAAAGAUGCUCGGGAGAAGAAGCGUGGUCGAUAUGUCAAAUUGAGAUGCAACUAUAUUGGCCAUUCACUGACGAAUCGUUUUGGCCACGCCGGCUUACCCAAGGCAGUAUACUCUGACCCAGAAAUCUUCAAGGCUGUUCUCGAAGACGCUGCUUCAGAAGCAUUGUUCAUGACCGAGCACGGCGUUUUCAAUCCACGUAUGGGAACACGCUACAUGAUCAUCCUGAAUGUUGUUGGCGAUUGGAGCUGGCUUCACAAAGCUGGAGGCCUUUCCAGGACUUACCACAACAUGGAAAAAGCUGGUGCAAAGGCGAAAGCAAAACCGAAGGCAGCAGCGAAGGCGAAGAAAAGCAAACCACCCAAAGAACCCGUGGGCAUCUGUCACUUGUGCCGUGCAGGCCAGAAGGAUGUUCCGUUUGAGGAUAUCUAUAGCCGGCAGCCGCUUUGGUUGAGGACAAUGUUUCAGCAGCAGCCCUGGAUUGCCCCCCCAAGCUUUGCGCGAUUGCACCACCCUGUGGGCGAGGAGGCCUCGAUCUUCGCGUUCGAUAUUUUUCACGCCUUUCAUUUGGGCGUGGGUAAGACUCACGUUUCUUCAUGCCUCGCAAUGUUGUCUGAUGUAACAGCCGGUUCGAAUAUUGACCUUCGCUUCGAGGCCCUGAACGCUGAAUGGAAAUCGUUCAAAACAGGUUUGUUUCAGCCGAAACUGACACCGGAGUUCAUAGGCUGGGAGUCUCGUUCUGAUUUCCCUUCUGGAAGCUGGCACAAGGGGCAGCUGACAACAGACUUGAUGCGCUUUCUGGAACACAAGUUCGAACAAACAGAUCUUUCAGGUGACAUCAUGCUGCAGAAGGCCGCCGAAGGCACAUGUGCCAUUAAUCAAUGCCUUAGACUCCUCUACGAAAACGACUCGGUGUUUUUACAACCAGAUCUGGCAAGAAGCAUCGCUGAGCAUGGGCUGCAAUUCUUGCGGAGGUAUUCGUUUCUUGCAAAACGUGCGCACGAUACAGAAAAAUCCUUGUGGGGGUUGAUCCCCAAGGUGCAUGCAGUGCAUCAUGUCUUAGUCAAACUGUUGCAGGACGCUGAGGAUGGGAGACCGAGUUUGCAUCCUCUAUGUUUUGGCGUCCAGCAGGACGAGGAUUAUGUCGGGCGUCCGUCCCGCUUAUCACGACGAGUGUCGUCUCGAUUGGUGUCUACCCGGGUUCUUCAACGAUAUCUUCAGGAUGCCUACGCCAAGUAUGUUUCCAGCAAUCUGAUCGUUCCCAGCUGA